AUGCAUCUUCUGAGUUGGCUCCUUACCCCCUUUGGUAGACCCUCUACAAAGGAAACUCCCGAGCAUGCCUGGGAUCCCCAGACUGUGACGGUGCAACAACCACUUUCUCCGGCUCCUCUCCAAGCCCCCAAUGCUAACAUGACGGGGACGACACAUGAAGCGACAGCACUUAAUCUACGUGGCGGUGGUGAAGCCGGGGAUGUGCUGUGGCCUGCUUUGCUUUGA